UUUUUUGUUUGUUUUUUGCUGACUGCGUAGACAUUUUUUUUUUUUUGUCAACGGACGACCUCAUUUAAAGUUAAAGCUUUAGUUAACUGUUAUUUAAUUACCUUAAACAACAGAGCCGAAGCCAGCGGCUAACAUCAUGUUAAGUAGUGAAAUGCAUUUUAUUUAGCAGGGACUGGAGUGGUUCGGGAUCAGUGUGACUGUUUUGAUUCGUGUUGACAUGUGUUGACUGUCGUUUCAAUGGGUAAAAGAAAAGACAUGAUUCACUCCAAAUAUCUCGCUGAAAGCAGCUCCGGCCUGCACAGCAUCCACAAGAGGAAACACAAGAAACACAAGAAGCACAAAAAGAAACAUCACAGCUUCGCCGAGGCCCCAGAGCCCGAGCCUGUGCCGGUCCCUCGACCUCCACCGCAGCUUCGACUGAAGAUCAAACUGGGAGGACAGACGCUGGGCACCAAAAGCGUUCCCACCUUCACCGUCCAUCCUGGAGUGGCUCGUCCUCCCUCACCACUGAUGAUCAUCGAUAACGAUGUGGAUGAUGAUGAUGAAGAUGAAGAUGAUGACGAUGAGCCCUCUGUGCCGUUGGAGCAGUAUCGAGCCUGGUUGGAUGAAGACAGUAACCUGGCAGCAUCCCCUCUACCAGACCUGGACUCAGACUCCAUGCUGGGGGGGCCUGUGGAUGAAGAAGAGAGGUGGCUGGAUGCCCUGGAGAAGGGAGAGCUGGAUGACAACGGAGAGCUAAAAAAGGAAGUUGAUGAGUCUCUGCUCACCACCAGACAGAAAGCCCUCCUCCACAAGCAGCAGACUCAGCCUCUGCUCGAGCUGCCCAUGGGCUACAAGGAGAAAGAGAUGACUGCAGAGAUGAUGCAGAAGCGGGAGGAGCGGGCCCGUAAGAGACGCCUGCAGGCCGCCAAGAAGGCAGAGGAGAACAAGAACCAGACGAUAGAGAGGCUGACAAAAACCAGCAAGGCCAAGAUCAAAAGCCUGAAAGAUCGGAGGUCCAAGCAGAGCCAGAGCCCCAUGGUUCGCUACAGCGACUCGGCUCAGGGAAUCGUCAUCUCUUUCCCCUCAGGGGUCUCCACUCCAAGACCGGCAUCUCUCCGUCCUCCACCGGUGGCUCUGGUGAACUGCGGCGUGAGUGGGUGCUCCAACCUUAAAAAGUACUCUUGCUCUAAGACCGGGGUUCCUCUCUGCAGCCUGGAGUGCUACAAGAGGAACCUGGUGACGGUGCAGAGCGCAGCCUGAAGCUCCGAAUCAGACCAGCCCUGUUUAAACUCCAUGUGAGCUCGUAAGAGUCAGAAAACUGUCCACUUAAAUGGUCUUUCCAGGAAUAAUCAGUGUGGAGUGACAUCUCAUCGAAAGGCUCAGCUUAUUUGUUGCUGUGUCAUUGUUUUUCUGUGCUGCUAGUUCAGACACUUUGAAAUGGGGCUCUGUGGAGUAGUUAUGAACAAUCAAUAAGUGACCUGUUGUAGAAAGCUAUUAAAAGGACCUCUGUUUGGAGAAACAGCUUAUUUCUG